CAGCUGAGGACGGAAACAUGAACUACGCGGUUGACCCGGAGCUUCAGGCUAAGGAAUAUUUAGAAAAACAUCGGAUAAUGGAGCUGCUGAGCCAACUCACCAGCUUCCUCCUCUUUGACCGACCAAAGAAACCAAGAGAGUACUUAAUCACUCUUCUGGAACGGCUGAAGAUUGCCAAGGUAACGGGCAUGGCGUUUCCUUUCUUCAUGGAAAACUCUAACAUUGUGUCGAUGUUUGAGAUGAUGGACUCUUCUGGCAGAGGCUGCAUAUCCUUUGUGCAAUACAAAGAAGCCCUAAAGAACCUGGGUCUGUGCACUGCAGACGAAGUUUUGCAUGAUGACGGACAUAUAAUAACUCUGGAUAAAUUCAGAGAUGAAGUGAUUUCUCUGUGUAACAGUCCUGGCUGUCUUGGAACUCGCUCUGUAUCCCAGGUUGGCUCGAACUCACUGAGAUCCACCUGCCUCUGCCUCCCAAGAGCUGGGAUUACAGCCUGGGCCACCACCACCCGAGCAGCUCGCCUUGAUUAGCAAGGUGGAGGUCAGCUGUGGCUGACCUUUGCCCUCCCACUGUCUUCAGAUUCUGCAUUCCUGUUUGUAAUUCCUCUGCUUCCCACAGC